AUACCUGCGAGAGACAUUUCAUACGUGUGGUAGACAUUGCGAUGCUUAUACCAGCAUUACCUCCAUUGUUUUAGUUGUUUAAAGUAUUACAAAAAAGUGUUAUCACCUCCAUAAAACAAUGCAAGACGUCCUAAAAGUAAACGCAGCCGGAGAUUUGACCGUCGAAUGGAGUCUGCUGGAAAAGGAUAUUCCCGGAAUUAUUCUACACGAUAGACUAAUGACAGAUGCAGCUUUAGGCAGAAGACCCAUCAAACAGGAACACUCGUACAGUUUGACAUCAGAUGGAGAUUCACUACCAGAUUCGCCAAUUUCCGGAAAUAAAAUGGACGAUAUGGAAGAUGAAUGUUUUCCUGCAAUAUCACUCAAUACUGCCUGUGGAAGAUUAACAGCAGAUUCAACUCUAUUGAUAAAAGAUGAACCAGUCAGCGAAUCCGAAAGUCCACAGUCAUCCUGCCCAUCAUCACCACAACCGAUGCACCACAGUGACACAUCAAUGGAUACGGACAACCCAACUUGCCAAGGUUUACUAAAACAAACUAGCAUGCUUUUGAGGGCGCCAAGUAAUAUAUUCAGCCAAACGAUACACAUACCAAAGUUGGAUUUAAAAAUUGAACCGGGUAUCGCGUUUAAUCUACCUCCGACACCGCCAUCUAGCAGUAGUAGUAGUGAAGAUAGUGAAGAUAAUGGAACUUCGUCACAACCAUCUUCUCCGGCCAUUCGGAAAACAAAUAAUCGCGUUGUGAUAACGAAUCAUCCUACGACUACCCGACAGCCCAUUCACACGCCUCUUAUCAGCAGUCAGCCCAAAGGGUCAACCGGCCUUCUCACUUUAACCGAAGAAGAAAAACGUACGCUAAUUGCGGAAGGAUAUCCUGUACCUACUCGCCUCCCACUUACUAAGGCAGAAGAAAAAUCUUUGAAGAAAAUUAGGAGGAAGAUCAAAAACAAAAUUUCUGCACAAGAAAGCAGAAGGAAAAAGAAAGAGUACAUGGACCAACUGGAAAGGAAGGUGGAACUGUUGGUCUCAGAAAACAACGAUUACAGGAAAAAAAUCGAAACUUUGGAAGAUUCCAACAGUAGCCUUCUAAGUCAACUAGCGAAAUUACAAGCACUCGUUGCGCGAACCCAUCCUCAAACGUUAAAAACAACUGCUGUAAAAUAAAUUUGUUUAUUUAAUUGAUAAUGCGAAUUUUCGUUUUACCAUAAUAAUUGUUAACAUAAUUAUGGAAAUCAUCAAUCUAAAUCAAAGUACAAAUCUAUAAGCUCUUAUUGUCUAAUAUUGAUGAUCGUAAGGUAGGUAUUACAAUUUUGAGUAUGAUACAAUCCGUGCAUUUAUUUUAUCGAAAUCGACGUUGUGAUGAAGUAUAUUUGUCUUCCAAAUAUCUCUUCGAGAAAAAAGUGAGAAUUAGAUUAAUGCAUUCCGUGAACCAAAGUUAAGAGAUUUAUAUUUUAUGAUAAAUAGCAAAUUGGCGUGUUUAAUGAAUUUGUUAGGUUUUACACACUUUAACAUUGUACUUAAUUAACGAUGGUAUAAACAAGACUUAUUAGGUAUGUGCCUUAAAACAUGCCUUCGGCUUUUUAUAUUUUUACGGAUUAUUUUUCCACCUAAUUAUUAUAGAUAAUGUAUAUUCGGUGUUUAUGGCUGAAAAGGGACCAUAUGGAAGUUUAUGCAUUUAUUUUGCAUGAAAUUGUUUAGGCUUAAUCUUAGGCACAUCUGUAUAGUUUACAUUAAACACUGUUAGCGAUGUUUAUAGCUUGUUUCAAGUUGAUUUAGCAAACUUGGAAUGUGUUUGCAUAAUUUUCUUUUCGAAAAUGUUACUACCGGAGAUAUCCAAAUUAUGUACUUGUGCCUCAUUUUUAUCUCCAUUUUAUUAUAAAUGAAUAAAUGAUUAUAAGGCUCAAUUUACGAUUCGAAUUAGAUCAUUAGAGAAGCACUUAUUUGUAUUAAUACGAUAAUUUAGUCACAAAAUUGCAGAGCUUUCAAAGAUACCUACUAUUCUAUAAUAAAACCUUUAAUUACAACUUUAGGAAGGUGCGAAGUUCCUGUUCGUUUAAAGUGUAUUGUCAUAAACAUAGUGCACGAAAAUUCAAAAUUUUUUAUUCUCGCCCUUAACGAUGUAUCAAGUAAUAUUUUGCUUGAAUCACUAAUCUAGUCAAUGAAGUUUUCAUUAAGUAUUGAUUGGAAUUAAUGUGCGUUGUUUGUAUACAAUACAGUGUACAGCUUGACUUUCUUAAUUUGGAAAUAAAUAAAUUUUCAAAUAAUGACAGUGCAUUUGGUGUUACUAUUAUCACAACUUUAAGGAAUAUUUGCAAUAUUAAUCGCAAAGUCCUAGUCUACUAUAUAGGUCGAUAAUAUACUUUGAGUGAAAUAUUUUAUUGUCUUUUUGUUUCUUUAUUGCAUAAUCUGAAGCUUUGCAAUUUAAAUAAUAUUUAACUUAAUUAGAUGUAGUAUUAUUGCACAAGAUUUUAAUAUUGAAUUGUCACAUAUAGAGAUAUAUUUUAGAUAACAUAUAUACAUAUUAUAAAUAUAUUAACUGUUGUACAUUUUAAAUCGAAAAUUUUAUGUAGUUAUUAAAGUAAUGAGACGUUUUUAAUAUAAUUUAAUUGAUUAUUAAUACAAACUAUAAUGCAACUAAAGAGUAUAUAAGUUUAUGUAACAGAAAUUCUGUUCUCACUGCAAUUAUUGAGAACAUUGUUGCAAAAAUGUAAGUGGAUAGUUGUUGACUACUUUUAUAUUGUAAAUUUCCCAGCUCAUCUGUAACAAUCGUAGAUUGUCAAAGUAUUUACUUAGAAUAAUACCGAAAUGCUUUAUUACUACAUUUAUAUUACGCAAGUUUUGCAGGUGUACAUACGCAAUCCUUAUUUUUAGUUAAAGAGGGUAACAAUAUAUUUAUAAGCAUCUUAAUUUUUAAUUGUCUUUUGUUGCACGUUUUACAUGACUGUAACAUGAAAUUUCAUUUUAAGAAACCUAUUUAUCAGGUUAAAAUUCAUAAUAUGUUUUUAGUUCAAAGUGAUUAGACCACAUUCCCAUGCAGCAGAAAAAUUGAGUUGUUAGGAAUCGCCAAUCACAUUGUUUAAUUUGACUUCAUAGUUUUUACUUUUGUGCUACAUGGGGAAUUUGCCUUUUUUUCAACAUUUGGAAAAACCUGCAGCUGAUGGACUUUUACCAGAUGCUUUUCAUUUGACCAUUGGGUAACAUUUUGUGUUUACUUAUAGACGUAGUCAUGAUAAAAAUAAAUUAUAAAAUAUUCUA